GGCAUGGAACCUUCGAAAGCAGCGUAUUCGGAAGAAAAAGAAAUUCAGCCCGCAUUUACGGAGCUGUGUGAGGUGGCCUCGAUUGGUAGCAAUGGUUCGAUCCUGUUUGCAACGGACGAUUUUUUUGCACCCGCCGAAGGGAUGCUGAAGGACUCGGAUCCCGUAUUUCGUGCCGACCUGUACACACCGUACGGAAAAUGGAUGGACGGUUGGGAGACGCGUCGGAAGCGCAUUGCCGGUCACGAUUGGUGCCUGGUGGAACUCGGCGCACCAGCGCAGAUCGCUGGUUUUGUGAUCGACACGGCAUUUUUCACCGGUAACUACCCGCCGCAGUUAUCCAUAUCUGCUGGCACGUUGGAUGAUACGGCGAAGGAGAUGCUGUUGGCAGCAAUACCACGGAAAUCUGGCAUCGAUGGCGAAGAAAGCAUUGGAAAAGGUUGCACCCAAGAAGAGCUGGACAUGGUGAAUCAGCUAGGAACCGAUCGGUGGGAGAAUCUGCUGCCUAUUCGCCAAUGCAGGGUUGAUCUGAAACCGGGUUACGAGCAAACGCGUCGGCACUAUUUCAGCGUUCCGGCGAGUGAACAAUCGCGCGUGGUACGUCAUUUGCGGGUUAACCUAUUUCCAGACGGUGGAAUCGCACGUCUGCGCGUCCACGGGACGAUCAAGCUGAAUAUGAGCGAUGAUCUUAAUGCGCAACAAACGAUCGACGUUGUGGCAAAGCAAAAUGGCGGUCUUUGCACGGGAUACUCGAAUGCGCAUUAUGGCCAUCCGAAGAAUCUCAUAAAAGCUACCGAAGCAGCGAAUAUGGGCUUCGGUUGGGAGACUGCCCGGCGCCUCGAUCGACCACACGAAUUGAAACUCGAUGAAGAUAACGGAUUCCUUAUGUCGCAGGGUUCCGAAUGGGCUACCUUUAAGCUAGCUGGCGGCAUGUGCACGAUCGAACGGUUGUGUAUUGAUACUAAGCACUUUAAGGGAAACUUUCCGGAUUGCGUGUGGGCCGAUUAUACACUUGACCCCUGCGCUGACUCUGAAAACUGGCAGCCAUUACUAAGAAGGAAGAAAUUGGGACCGGAUCAGAUGCACGUAUUUGAGGGAGAAGAUUUGAAGCAAGGAGUACAGGCCUCGAAGGUACGGAUCACUAUCGCACCGGAUGGUGGCAUUGCCCGACUGCGAAUUUUUGGGAAAGUUUUGAGAAGUUAAUACACUUCGCAGAGUGACGAACAACGGUUGGCGCGAUGACGAAACCGAGACUCGUUCGAUCGAUUUGU